CCUUUUGGCCCAUUUACUGCUUAAACCCUAUAUCCUUCUUCCUCUAGAUCUCAAUUUCUAGAGAGAGAAAGGAUAAGAUCUGCGAAUUUUCUGAUUGAUUUCAAGGAUGAAGAUUCAGUGUAACGUCUGUGAGGCGGCGGAGGCUACGGUGUUGUGUUGCGCCGAUGAGGCGGCGUUGUGUUGGACUUGUGAUGAGAAGGUACAUGCUGCUAACAAGCUCGCCAGUAAGCAUCAGAGGGUUCCUCUUUCUACUUCUAAUACUCAAAUGCCAAAGUGUGAUAUUUGUCAGGAAGCAGUUGGCUACUUCUUUUGUCUGGAAGACAGGGCUUUAUUCUGCAGAAAAUGUGAUGUUGCCAUACAUACAGUCAAUAGUUUAGUUUCAUCACAUCAGAGGUUUCUACUUACAGGAGUGAAAGUAGGGCUUGAAGCUGCUGACCCCGGUGUGUCAUCGUCUACGGGAAAAUCACACUCCUGUGAUAAGAUACCAGAAGCAGAAAAAUUACAAUCUCUGCAAGGAAGGAGCGUUCCAAUGUCAGCAACAAGUCAAUUCAACAAAGUUAUGCCUGUCCAAGCUGCUGGAACUGUUGAUUUUCUCUUUCCUAAGAUGCCUUUUGCUGGAGGUUCUUCUGCUGAAAGUAUUCAACAAUGGCAGUUUGAUGACUUCCUUGGACUGUCAGAUUUCAGUCAGAGUUAUAACUACAUAGACAACGGUUCAUCUAAGGCUGAUAGUGGCAAGUUCGGAGAAUCAGAUGGUUCCCCGAUUCUAAGAGACAUGGAGGUGGAACUUGAUGGUGAAGAUUGCUUGGGUCAGGUCCCUGACUCUUCUUGGGCUGUCCCACAGAUCUCUUCCCCACCUACUGCUUCAGGACUGUGCUGGCCAAAAGAUCUCCCUCAUCAUCAACACCAAAUCGAUUCUGCUGCUUUUGUCCCAGAUGUAUGCUACUUACCGGUGCCAAAUUUCUACGGUUCUCAACAAAAUACAGGUACCUUAAAGAGGAGACGACACUUGUAACAGGGUCCACUGGUUAAAUGUCCUUCUGAUAGGUUUUUUUAAAAUCAUGACCUUCCGACAAGUUUGAGAAUAUCACAUGCUUAACAGAAGAAUGCCUAGAAACUUGUCAGAAGGUCUUGGAUUUAAAAAGCACUUUUCCGUAGGCCAUUUAGCUAAAAUAACCCACUUCUCUUCUAAUGCCUCGUGUCGGUUGGACGCGAUGGUCCUUUCAGUGUUGUAACCUUAGGUGCAUCUUCCAAGUCUAGACAUCUAUCCUAGGGGUUAGUUUGAAAAGAUGGAGGCACUCCCAAAUCUCAAUGCCACCUUUCGAGUGCGUGUAAUUUUACGUAUGUAUCGGGUAUUCCUCAGGUGGAGGAAGUGUAGUGUGUUGUGAGUCGGGAUUUGUCUUUUUCGUUAUUUAAGUUAACUUUGUGGUGUAAUCGGAUGGAUGGGAAGGAUGGGGAGGGUGGGUUGUCCUUGUGGAGCAAGGAGUAAGGAAAUGUUGUGCGACUUAUAAAAAUGGUAAAAAUAUAGUAGCAGUUCUUGGAAUAAUAUAUGUUGUAUCACUGUUAUUUA